GAAAUGAACGCGUGUCUGCGUCCGUCCCUGCUUCUGGUGAUGCUGGUGUGGUUAAGCGUGACGGGACCCGGUACAGCACGGCCUCCGUGGCCUUCGGCUUCCGGAAGCGGCAACAACGACCGGUCUCAGCGUCCCCAUGGUCGGAACCAUCCCUGCCACGGAGGUCAUGGACGCGAGCAACGUGCCAGGCUACGCAAGGUCCUGCUGGGCAAUGGCACGGCCGUCUGCAAUGACGGGUCGCCCGCAGGGUACUAUAUCCGGAAAAAGCCAGGAAGCCGACGUUGGAUCCUUUUCCUGGAAGGCGGAUGGCACUGCUAUGACGAUAAAAGCUGCGCCGGACGGUGGAUGCGCACCCGCCAACUCAUGUCUUCACUACAGUGGCCAGAAAGCCGUCAAGUCAGUGGUAUACUGUCAGCAAACAGAGAAGAAAACCAAUACUGGUGGAACGCAAACCACGUGUUGGUGCCGUACUGUUCAAGCGACGCGUGGAGUGGAGCGACGAACGGAAAAACUGAAACUGGCUACGCCUUUAUGGGAUCUCUGAUACUGCAGUCUGUCGUCCGUGAAUUGCUUGACCAAGGACUUUAUGAAGGCAAACUGCUGCUACUAGCCGGAAGCAGUGCUGGGGGUGCAGGUGUUUUGCUGAACGUGGACAGGAUCGCCGAUUUGCUGGCCUCGCUUCAUUCUAAAGUCAAAGUGCGCGGCGUGGUGGACUCAGGAUGGUUCCUUGACAACGAGCCUUUUGAAGCAAGAGAAUGCCUGGAACCUUACUCAUGCGCACCCGUCGAAACUAUCAAGCGCGGCAUUCGGUUGUGGAACGGUCAAGUUCCAGACCGCUGCAAGCCGCUCUACUCUGAUUAUGAACAAUGGAGGUGUUAUUUUGGCUACAGAAUAUACCCGACGUUGAAAGCACCAACAUUUGUGUUUCAGUGGGUGUUCGACGAAGCGCAGAUGGUUGUCAACAAUGUCGCUGCCCCUUCAAGCAAGGCCCAUUGGGACUACAUUCACGCCCUGGGCAGCAAGCUUCGUAGCACACUCAUGAACGUGACGUAA